UUGCUUGAGUAUUUUCUUCCAUUUUUACGUAAAUUUGGUCCAACCAACUCGAACGUCUGUGGGCAUCAAUACAUCCAAAAUCAUGACUCACAGAAAGGUGGAAAGACAAAUUACUCAAAUGAAAAGGUCGUCAAGGGCAUCUAACCAAAUGUUUCCUGGUUAUCAAAGUCUUCUAGAAAAGAUACAAAACGGACAUAAACUAACGAUGGUUGCUUUGGGUGGCUCAAACACUGCUGGUGGGGGCCUGUCCAUGAACGAUAAGAGAUACUUUGAGCUUGUGGCCGACUGGUGGAACAACAAUGUUUAUAAAUCAACCAAAUCAAGAAUGAAUGCAUACAGUAUGGCUAUCACAGGGACGGGGAGUGAUUUCUUUACAUUUUGCUUUCAAAACUUUUUAGAAAACAAAACCAACCCUGAUAUUGUAAUGCUUGAGUUUGCUAUUAAUGAUAGCGGUGAUGAGCAUGGAAAAGCGGCCCAACCUAUGGAGGUACUUACUCGAAGACUACUGCUUCUACCAACAAACACUGUAGUUAUUUAUGUGAAUCUAGUCAACCCGGAUAUGCUUACAGGCAGAGUAACCAAUAGGAAGUGUUCAAAUAUGCAAGAUAUGGGUUUCGAUGAGUUAGCAAAACAUUACAGGAUACCAUCAUUUAGUAUGAGAGAUAUUGUAUGCCCAUUGACCAAUGGGAAAAGAGUAUUAGAUGAAUCUAAAAGUGACAUGUUUGCUAAUGAUGGUUCUCAUACAAGCAGCGCUGGACAUWUGAAAAUAGCAUCAAUGAUCAUCAAAUAUCUCAAGACAUCGAUUUUUAACAAGCCUGGUAAUGUGCCAGGAAAUCUGGAAAAAGUACCAUCGCUUCCUAAACCACUAUUCACUGACARGUCGAUAAAUGAUAAUGAAUUAAAUAAGCCUUUGUGCUGGUCACACAUGACAAGUAACUGGAAACUACCUCUGAGACAAACGUUGAAUGUCCAGGUAAUUAAAUCAUAUGGUUUUAAGUACCGAUCACCCAAGCAAGCGCGAUGGGUAGGAACAAUUCGUACAGACGCCCCUUCUGGUUGGGAAGCCGGUCCAGGACCAAUUGCAUUUACUGGAAAGUUCACUAUACCACCAGACACUUCACCACGAUCACUUUCUGUAGUCUUCCAAAUACGAAACGAAAAGCCAUUGUCAAUUAAAAUAUAUUUAAAUGACGAACAGAAAUCCUGCAUUCAAAUGGUUAUCAAGAAGAAUUCAGAUUCAGAUGUAACUCAAACUCGAGUGUUUUCCAUCGCAAAGAGGCUAUCUCCUGGUACAUAUGAUCUUAAUAUCGAGGGGGAAGUCAAUUGGUUGGAUAUGGUAGSAAUUGUUGCUGGCUAUCCCGGUUACCAUGGAUAUAAAGGUUAUAAAACCUUUGAGGGAACUAUAACAAGAUGUUGAAUGACAAGGCAUUGAGCUAACUAGUUGWCAUGGCAAUCAAGUAAAUAAACAUGUCUACAAGAUGAAAAUAUGAAUAACAAUUUGCUAGACAUUUAGAUACUAAAUGGUAGUGUGACUUUAGAUUUUAGACUCAGGUCAUAAUGAGAAUCAAUGAAAAUAUGGAAUUAUCGACGACUAAGGCCUUUCUGUCACCAUAACUUGCAAGUGCAUUUUUACAGACUUCCAUGUGAGCUCCAUGCAGCAGCAUCCUAGGGGAUAAAACCGAGAUUAUCGGUCUUUUGUGAAUUAGAAUCCAUCUUGUCCCAAAGAUGGAACCUUAUUCCCAUGAAUCGCAAGUAUCGAUUGUUAAGCUGAAUAAGGGGCCAGUAUGAGAUUCUCUUUUCGUUUAAUAUGGGUAACAUAUAAUUAAAAAAUAAACCUAUUUCUUUCUUUAUAAAACGAUAUAUUUUUCUUCAAAAUAUUAUUCUAAUUGUCUUUGGUCAAUAGGCUAUAUUCAUCAGUUUUUUCUUCUCCGUUACUGCAUUUUUGAGGACUGAAAAAAAUUCACAUAAU